AUGGCUGAGUCUGAGUACGGCGCGGCUCUCUGGGUUCACGAUAGGAUAGGCGCUCGAAACUCAGAUGCUGAGCUGACUGCCCCGCUUCUCGCUGCGCAUACACCGUUCCAACAACAACUUCCAACGCUGUAUCGAAAUCCAUACAUACCCAAUAGCAGCUCUUCCAUGUCUCAGGCUCAGGAUGCACCGAAUGUGUCUACUAGCAGCCACCCACAAUUAUGUCCAGCUUUGCCACCCAUUGGAAUGCGUCACCACUACUAUGCUCCUCAUGCACACUCGUACCAGUUCACAAACCCUCAAAGACCAUCGCAAACCUGGAGCGGGCCUCCGCACCUACAUCCUGACCAGGCAUUCUAUGACCCUAGCGUCAUUUCCCAGGGUGACCAGCUACGCCAUCACCCAGGAGCACCGAGGCACGACUUUCCGCUACUAGGGUCACCACAUGCAGCGCCUCCUUCAAAUCCCCGACAUCGACAUGAUUACAGACGACACGAUCACAGAAUGAGUGCCGGAGCGGUGACAGGUAGUAUACCUACUGACAUUACACGCUUCCCUGAAGCACGGGAUUCAGUAGCACCCCCGGAAGCCCGGUUUCAGCAUCCGCGACUACCUCUUCAAGAAGCAAUCCACCCAGGUGAGCCAAUGUAUUCUGGAUUGCCUGCACGUCAGUGGACGUCACACGAGGUGCCGAACCGCCGCUCAGACCGUAGCGUAUCCCCGCGCACGUCGAAUCGCCGCAACUUUGACCGAUACUCGGUUGACCUCUCCCAUUCGAGCACGUCGUCUGACGCAGAAGAAGCGGCUGCCCGUGCACCGCCACUGAAUCGUAUGAGGCAUCGAUCUAGAGAGGUGCGGCCGCGUAUCGCGGGCCGCUACCCGCCUCAAUUCGAUCCUAAUAUCGCUACUGCUCGCCAAAUCGAUCAAUUGAAAAACAGCCUCCAACGGCAUCUACCAAGUGCGCUUCCAGAGAAAGCGUCCAAGGCUUGUGACAUAUGCCAGAAGGACUAUGCCGCUACACAUGUGUCACCUACAGAAGAGGAAGAAAUCGCCAUUGAACUCUCGUGCGGACACACCUUCGGAGAGUUCUGCAUAGGUCAAUGGUUUGAGACGUGCAGAACACACAAGAACAAAGUCACCUGCCCCAUGUGUCGGAAGCAGCUCAUCGAAACACCACGAUUUAUGCCGAGCAUGAUGCAGGGGCAAGCGUUUCUUGAUCUACUCGCUCGCCAGAAUAUGCACGUCACUGAUCUCUACAGCCACUUUCCGCAGGCGUGA